GAAUUGAGACUCUUUGUUCAGAUCUGCAAGUAGACCAUACUGAUGUCAGGAUAUUGAUGCUUGCCUGGAAGAUGAAAGCUGAAAAACAAGGAUACUUUACCCUGGUAAGCAGAACAAUUCUGAUAUACACAUUGAAUAUAAUAAUCCUAUUUGUUGAACCUACUUCCUAGUGCUAUUGUCAUAUACCCAAAUCUGCAACUCCAGCAGUCUAUCCGUCAUCUAAAUCUUCAAUAUGCCAUGUUCUUGAAAAUCCAACCACGAAAAUGUCAAUGUUUGACUUCAAAGCAUUGACUUGGUUUUCAUUAAAAAGAUGUUGAUUUUUUUUUUUUUUUUGGGUGAUAAAUUUGGGGUAAAUUACACCAAGACCUGAGCUAUGACUCUGUUUCACUUAAUCCCCUUCACCUGAAAAACAUGACAGCUUGUAUACAUUUUCCUUUUUGUUUGCCGCCGUCAACCCCUCAUAAAUACACCAUAUUUUUAUAUAUGUAUUGUG